UGGUGGGGGUGCACCUUUCCAAAAUUUGUUGACUAAAAAAAAAAAAAAGGUCAUCCAGUUUUCGAAAUUCCAAAUGGAUCGUACGCCACGAAUUUUGGAUCGUACAGGGCCUCAAAUUAUCGUACGAAUGGGAUCGCUGUUUCUUCGCUCCUUUUCUUGCUAUUAACAUCAUUAGUGCGAUACGAGAAUCCAUAAGAGAAAGUCAAAGUGAACGGGACAAUAACUCGGCAUCCGCGUUGAGUCAGAAGUAUAUUAUAUAGAAAGAUGAAUCCGAUGAAAUAUCUAACGUCAUGUCUUGUAAUGCUUUUCUUUUUCUACAUUGAUAAUAUUCAAGGUCAAGAAAUUCCAAAGCACGGUAAGGUUGUUGCUUGUUAUGUCGCUGGUUGGGCAAGGUAUAGGCCUUCAAACGGUAAAUUUACAUUGGACAAUUUAAAACCACAACAUUGUACACAUUUAAUUUACGCUUUCGCGGGCCUGAAUACAACCACUUGGGAAAUAAAAAGUCUUGAUACAUGGGCUGAUAUAGAAGAUGGAAUCGGUAAUUACCAAAAAAUGUCAGAUCUUCAUAAAAAUUAUCCAGGAUUAAAAGUUUCAAUAGCUAUUGGUGGUUGGAAUGAAGGCAGUGAGAAUUAUUCUAUUCUUGCUCAGGAUGAAAACAAACGAAAAAGCUUCAUUAAUAGUAUUUCAGAAUUUCUUAAAAAGUACAAAUUUGAUGGCGUCGAUUUAGAUUGGGAAUUUCCUUCUGAACGAGGUGGUAAUUCACAAGAUAAAGACAAUUUCUCCUUGUUGAUUAAAGAAUUAAAACAACAGUUGCCUCAAAAUUCUAUAUUAACUGCAGCUAUAAGCGCAAAUAAGAAAAUAAUCGACAAGGGAUACAAUAUUUCAUAUAUUUCAAAAUACCUCGAUUAUAUACACGUUAUGACAUAUGAUUAUCAUGGUUCAUGGGAUUUAAAAAUUCUUCCGAAUGCUCCAUUAUACAGCAAUAAUGAUGAAAGCGUGAAUGCUACUGUGAGCUAUUUACUACAGUUAGGAGCACCAGCUAAGAAACUCGUUCUAGGUUUACCAAUGUACGGACGAACAUAUAUUUCGAAUACGAAAAUUUCUCCAGGUGAAAAUCCUACUGGAAUGCCCUGUGGAAAAGAUGGUUUUAAUGGGUCUUAUACUCGUCAAAAUGGAUUUAUGGGUUAUAACGAAAUCUGUGAAGAAGUAAAGGAUAAGAAAUGGAUUUCCGGAUGGGAUAAUGACAGUAAUACACCAUAUGCAGUAAAUGAAGACAGAGUAAUUUUCUACGAUGAUUACAUAAGUUUAAAAACGAAAGCAUUGUAUGCUAAGGAAAUGAAUUUAGCUGGUGUGAUGAUUUGGAGCAUCGAUACCGAUGAUCAUAAUGGAAUUUGCGGAACUGAUUACAUAUUGAUGAAAUCUAUCAAUAAAGCUUUUAUCAAUAAAGUUUCUACCGAUAAAACGUCUUCCCACAAAGUAUCAAUAGUACUUUAUGCUAUUGUUAAUAUUUUAAUUUUUAUAUCAUUAUAAUUCAAAAAAAUUUUAAAACAGAAGACAAUAAAUUUUGUUUUCAUAUAGUUACUUAAAUUACCCGCAAAUUUGGCCAUAAAUGAUACUAUUUAAAAUAUAUUGUAUUGUGAAUAAAGAAGAAUAUAUAUAUUAUAUAUACAUAUGUUUAUGUGUGUAUUAUUUUACUGACUGUAGUAAAUUCCUGUUUAACUAAUCGAGUAGGCGGUAAUAAUAAACUCUUAUUUACCUACAAUCUAGUCGGAGAUAGUAGAUUCUUGUCUUAUCAACUAUUCCGUCGGUGACUGCUGAUUCUAAUCUGUUAAAUUACACAUAACAUGCUGUAGUAAUUAUUUAAAUUAACAAUAGUACAAUUGUUUAAAAUUAUGAAACAAAUUAAAAACCUCUUUAUAAUCA